AUGGCCGCGGGCACAAUGAUGGCAGGGAUCGGCUGCGGCUCCCUGCUCCUCAUCCUAAUGGACUUCCUGUACUUGAUCUCCACGCUGCCCAUCAUCAUGGUGUUGCGCAUCUGCAUGUACGGCUUGCCGAUACCGUGCUUGCCUGUGGUCGAGUGGGCGAUCUUGUCCAAGGAUCUCUCCACCCACAAGCGCCAGUACGUCAACAUCAUGGAAUGGCUUGCGGGUUAUCGACCAGCAUCAGGAAUGACUCAGAACACGGCGAAGCGAACACGGACGAGGAACAACAGCACCCAGACGGUGACUCAAUCCCAGUUCUGGUGGUAG